UCGGAAUUUAUAUAUUGAAUUUGUUAAAUUUAAAUUCCUUAAAAAUGUAAAUCUUUAAAAGUCAGGCUCCUUCCGAUGCGUUAUAAAAGAUAUAGGAAUUACGAUCACUUAUUAUAUUUGCCAAGAAUGGAUUUACCAAUGAAAGAGAUAAAAAAUGGAUUUCUAAGCGUAGGCUUUUGCUUGCGCACAGCGAACGCGGAUCUAAUUAUUGCAACUUGCAACGCAUGCAGGCUCCGACAGUCCCUCUUUGCACUCUUGCGUUGUUAUGUUCACGAUUUGAUUCUAUUUCGCGAAUGUUUACGCGAAAUGCAUGGAAUAGAAACAGAAAAUUGCGGACAUAGCACGGAACACAACCAGAGAAGCAUAGACGUAACUAUUUUAUCUCUCGAGUAGUUGAGCAGAUAUAGCUACGUAGUUCAAUGUUUGCGAUCAUAGACACGUGGCGUAUCGUCUAACAAUUAGCAAUUGUAUCGAAUGAUUUCAAACUGCGAUAAAAAGAUUGGAUUGGAUAGUUAUAAAGAGUACCUACAAAUUUUUUAAGAAUAUUAACAGGGCAAUCUAGAGAGGAAAGGCUGAGAUAAGGAAAUAGAGGAUCUGUGUUAUAUAUAACUUUCUUUAGGAUUGAAAACACGUAGCCGGAGCAAUCUGGCACUCUCCAUCCGG